CGGACGUAAACAAAGGCCGAACUCUUCUGUCCGCUCACUUUAUGCGCCAAUAAAAGCGCCGCUCUUUGUCUACGUCAUGGAGAACUCUUUAAGUUUGCGCGUGAGCGUGUUCACAGAACAGGGAGGCAGGAAGUACAUGGAGGAUAUGACCGAGGUCAUCGUGGAGCCUGAGCCCGAAAAAGACGAGCCGACUUGGGCUGAUCCGGCCGCCGGGGGCCGGGGGCAGAGCCCGGAAGCAGAGCGCCCUCUGGCGGCCGAGCGCUCCGUGGCGUUCUUCGCCGUGUUCGACGGUCACGGAGGUCCCGAGGCCGCGCGCUUCGCGCGGGACUUCCUGUGGAACUUCAUGAAGAAGCAGCGGGGCUUCUGGUCUCGCUGCGACCGGGAGGUGUGCGCCGCCGUCCGCAAAGGGUUCCGGGCCUGUCACCAGGCCAUGUGGAAGAAACUCCCUGAAUGGCCUAAAACACUGAUGGGUCUGCCCAGCACCUCAGGCACCACCGCCAGUGUGGUGUUCAUCCGAGGAAACCGCAUGUAUGUGGCCCAUGUCGGAGACUCUGCUGUGGUUCUCGGGGUCCAGGGUGACUCAUCCGUGCCACUCAUCAAGGCCGAGGAAGUCACGCAAGACCACAAACCAGAACUACCGAGGGAGAGAGAACGUAUUGAAGGUCUGGGAGGGAGUGUGAUGAAGAAGUCUGGAGUUAACCGAGUGGUCUGGAAGAGACCGAGGCUGAGUCACAACGGUCCGGUCCGCCGGAGCACCGUCAUCGACCAGAUACCGUUCUUGGCUGUUGCGCGUGCUUUAGGUGAUCUCUGGAGCUACGACUUCUACAGUGGGGAGUUUAUGGUUUCACCUGAGCCAGACACCAGCGUGGUGACCCUUGACCCCAGGAAACACCGCUACAUCAUCUUGGGCAGCGACGGUCUGUGGAACAUGGUACCACCACAAGAGGCCAUCACCAUGUGCCAGAACAACGACAGGGCCGCGGCACCUUGUGGCGUGUCGAAUGCUCGGCAGCUGGUCAAGCACGCUGUUCUGCGUUGGCGCCAGCAGAUGCUGCGAGCUGACAACACCAGCGCCAUUGUCAUCGUUCUGCAGGAGCCUGAAGCAUCCCAGGAUGUUUUGCACCGAGAAGAGGUGCUUCUCAACUUGGCCAAGGUGUCACAGACUCCUCCUACCUCCCUGUCACGUGCAGACACGCCUCUAAUCCAGCGCCCUCUGGAGGAAGAGCUUUCACCAGCACCAUGUGACUUCCUCCCCGUCCUGGAGCGCCGGGACGGACUGUCAGGAAGCAGGAGUCUUUUUCACCUGAACCUGUCUGAGUCUUUUGCUCUGACUCCACUUUGUCCUAACGGUAGCACCGAGGCAUCCUAUCAGCCAAAUCCGGAGCCGGGAUGUGUGCGCAGGACAGCGAACGGCAAAAGGAUGGUCGAUGCAUCGCCAUCGUCGCUGUCGGCAGGACUGUUGCCAAAGAAAGCUCGGCGCAGGAACACGAACAGGCUGCCGCUGGUUCAACACAAUGCAGAAAAGACCGACGUGGCCUCGCUUCUUCUGCCGCACGCCAAAACAACAGUGUGCGUGUGCUGACACGCUGUAAUCCCACCACACCAUCACAGGAGAUUACAGCUCCUCAUCCUGAGUCCCAGAACUGUUGUCACUGUGGAGCCAGUCGUCAUCCACAGAUCUGUGGGUCACACCUGGAGAGCAGGUGGCUUUGUGGGGCAGGGGCAGGAGUCGGACGACCAACCUGUGGUCCAGGGUUCAAUUACAGGUGUGUUCUUAAUCUGCACCCUGUCAGUGGGUACUGGGCUUGUCUGGGGAAGAGAACUGGUGCCCCCUCCAGGAGGACUUGUACACUGUUGUGCACUUAACACUACAUAAUCCCAGCGUAAACUCCAACCUGUGAUUCUGAAUUAUUAAAUGAUCCCCGAUCACGACUCAGUUUGCUCAUGAAUAAGCUCAGUAAAUUUGCUUUAUAGCCAGCUACGUGCUAACUAAUCAAGUUAGCGUGGCAAGAGUCUAGGCUCGUCAGCUAGUACGAUCUGGUAAAAGUAAAGGCCCUUCGGCUGCUCCCUUGUUUUUUGCACCCGGGGUCGCCACAGCAAAUCCGAGGUGGAUCGAUCUGGUCUUAUACAAAUGUCUGAAAACUACAUCGACAUUUUUGCAUCAGUAAGUCUGAAUUUUAUUUAAUCGUUUUGCAGGAUUCGACUAGCUAACAUGGCAGCGCAUCGGCUCUAUGCUCACCGGGAUCGAAGGCGGUGUGUAAUUGGGCGUUGCUAAAUGUUUGUGUUAAAAAUUGGUGAACGUUGAAUUUAACUGAUCAUUUGGUGCAGAUUGGUCACGCGGUGCUUUACUUUUUGGAGAAAGUCUCAGUCACGGUUCACGCUGACUAACUCUGAAAUGGACAAAACGGAGUCUUUUUGAGUUAUUUACUUUUUUCUUUGUUGAGAAUUUUGUGGCAACGACGGGAAAAAGUUAUGAAAUCUUCACACUGAAAAAGUCCUCCAGAAAUCAUUUGUCAUCUGAGAAUCAGAAUGUUUGGGGAAAUGCUAUAUUUGUGUUAUUUAUUCCAAAUAUUCCUAAUAUAACAUUAAACCCAUAUUUUAUUUUAGAAAAAUCGUUGCUUAAUUGUAAAAUUACAAAAAGAAAAAUAAGUCAUUUUCAUGGGGUUGGGGGGUCUUUGAGAAGAAAUUAGUAAAAUUUCAACAGCUGAAAUAUUUGAAGAAUUCAUUCAAAAUGUGCUAAUUGAUAAAAUUAAAAGCCAUUCCAUCAUAUUUUCAUAUUUUCUGGAAGUUCUUGUAAAGUGACGUCACAGUUUAACGAGAGUCAUAAUUUCUAAAAUGUCAAAACAUUUUGUGCGCACAAACUCUUUCAGGAAAACGGACUUAAGAAGUCUUUUGCCUUGUUUUUGUUGCCGUUGCUUCUCUCUGGAUUCUCCUGAUGAGAAUAGUAAUAAUGAUUUAUUUUUUUCUAAAUUUUGUGAAAAUGUCACUUUUUAUGAUUUUUUGUUUCUGUGCUGUCAUCUAUGAAAAUGUUUUCACUUAAUAAAUUUGCAUUUUUUUAA